UCAGUUUGAUUUCGAAAGCCGGCUGCUAAACAACGAAACAGCUCAGGAAACAGUAAAACACUGGGAAAAUAAAAAGAUUCAUCAGUACAAAGUGCACGUUUAUUUCUUUGCAAACAAUUUUUGAGUUAUUAUUUAGUGAUUAAACUUCUAUAAAAAUCAAAACAACGCCAUCAUGUCUUACCACAAGCCAGAAGCUAAAGCUGUUCAAGAAUUGAAAGAUAUUGCCCAUCGUUUGCGUAUACAUUCUAUAACCUCCACGCAAGCCUCCAAAUCUGGCCAUCCCACAUCAUGUGCCUCAAUUGCCGAAAUUAUGUCGGUAUUGUUUUUCAAUACUUUGCGCUUGAACUUGAAAUUCCCUCGUGAUCCCUCAAGCGAUCGUUUCGUUUUGUCCAAGGGUCAUGCUGCCCCCAUCUUAUAUGCUGCCUGGGCUGAAGCUGGUCUUUUCCCAGUUGAGGACUUGCAAAAUUUGCGUAAAAUUGAUUCCGAUUUGGAGGGUCAUCCUACACCUCGUUUGAAUUUCAUCGAUGUUGGUACCGGCUCUUUGGGUCAAGGUGUUGCUGUUGCCGCUGGUAUGGCUUACGUUGGCAAGAAUUUCGACAAGGCUGAUUACAGAACUUACGUUUUGGUUGGCGAUGGUGAAUCUGCUGAAGGUUCCAUCUGGGAAUCUCUACAUUUUGCCGGCUACUACAAAUUGGAUAAUUUGUGUGUCAUUUUCGAUGUCAACCGUUUGGGUCAAUCCGAACCCACCUCGUUGCAACAUCAAAUGGAAGUGUACCGCAAACGUUUGGAAGCUUUCGGUUUCAAUGCUUUGGUCGUAGAUGGUCAUGAUGUUGAAGAAUUGUGCAAGGCUUUCCAUGAAGCUGCCACCACUAAGAACAAACCCACUGCCAUUAUUGCCAAGACCUACAAGGGCAAAUUCUUCCCCAACAUUGAGGAUUUGGAUAAUUGGCACGGCAAACCUUUGGGCGACAAGGCCAAUGAAGUUAUCAAGCACUUGCAGGGAUUAAUGAUCGAUUCAUCUGCUCGUCCCGCCGCCUUGGCACCUCAAACUCCCACCAAGAGCAAACCUGCUCCAGUUGUAGACAUUACAAAUGUGAAAUUGAACACACCACCAGCCUACAAGUUGGGUGAGCAAGUUGCUACCCGUUUGGCUUAUGGCACUGCUUUGGCUAAGUUGGCUCAAAACAAUGACCGUGUUAUUGCCUUGGAUGGUGAUACCAAGAACUCCACCUUCUCCGAUAAAUUGAAGAAGGUCUUCCCCGAACGUUAUAUUGAAUGCUUCAUUGCCGAACAGAAUUUGGUGGGUGUGGCCAUUGGUGCUGCUUGCCGCGAUCGUACUAUUGCUUUUGCCUCUACUUUUGCCACUUUCUUCACUCGUGCUUACGAUCAAAUUCGUAUGGGCGCCAUUUCACAAACCAAUGUCAAUUUCGCUGGUUCCCACUGUGGUGUUAGUAUUGGUGAAGAUGGUCCCUCUCAGAUGGGCUUGGAAGAUGUUGCCAUGUUCCGUACCAUUCCAGGCAGUACUGUGUUCUAUCCUUCUGAUGCUGUCAGUUGUGAACGUGCCGUUGAAUUGGCCGCCAAUAAAAAGGGUGUAUGUUUCAUUCGUACCUCUCGUCCCAACACAGCCGUAUUGUACGAUAACAAUGAAACCUUCGUUAUUGGCAAAGGUAAAGUAGUCAAGCAAUCGGCCAACGAUCAAGUUUUGUUGAUUGGUGCUGGCAUUACUUUGUACGAAUGUUUGAAUGCUGCUGCUGAAUUGGAGAAGGCUGGUGUACAUGCUCGUGUCGUUGAUCCAUUCACUGUUAAGCCUUUGGAUGUUGAUUUGAUUGUUGAAAAUGGUCGUGCCUGUGGUGGCCGUAUUGUCGUCGUAGAAGAUCAUUACCAACAAGGUGGUUUGGGAGAAGCUGUUCUCUCAGCUUUGGCUGAUAAGCGUGACUUUGUUGUCAAACAUUUGUUUGUGCCCGCAGUGCCACGUUCUGGACCCUCCACUGUUCUCAUUGAUAUGUUCGGCAUUUCUGCUCGCCAUGUAGUUACUGCUGUCAAUGAUGUUCUUAAAUUGUAAAUUAAGCAGUUCUUAUAGUACUACAUACCAUGUACCCAUCAAUUAAUCAAUGAAGCUGCAUAUAUGCAUUCUAUAUUUGUUAGCAUUUAUCCACACAACACAUACACGAUGCAUAUAUACUGCAUUUGUUUCUCUUUAUCUCUAUACUUUAUUAUUUUAUGGAAUAUUAUUUCGUUAGUAAUUUAAGUAAAUAUCUGGGCAUAAUUUAUGGUAGUGUUUAUUCUUAACAAAGCAUUUGUUGUCAUAAAUCUUAAGAUUUCAUUCCUUUAAUUUUUGCACAAUCAACAAACAAUGAAAUACAUCUACAAAAAAAUAAGAAAUAAUUAUCAAAAAGACAAUAGUAAAUAAUUGUUUCAGGGGGCUAUUUUUGUCUCAAGCAUUAUUAACUUUGUAAACAUUACAAAAAUACAAACAAUAGAAAUUUUUAUACUUUUUUUCAUAGUGUUUGAAAUAAACUUAUACUACUCUAUAAUACUAAUGUUAAACAAAAA